AUCUUAAUGUGUGUGUGUGUGUGUGUGUGUGUGUGUGUGUGUGUGUGUGUGUGUGUGUGUGUGUGUGUGUGUGUGUGUGUAGGGGUCUGUUCAAGGGGGACAAAGUGUUGGGGAACGCUCAGCUGAAGCUGGACUCACUGGAGAACCAAUGUGACAUCAGACAGAUUAUAGAGGUGUUGGAUGGUCGUAAGGCUACGGGGGGUAAGCUGGAGGUGAGGGUGAAGAUUCGGGAGCCGCUGGGAGGAGCACAGCUUCAGAUCACCACAGAGAAAUGGCUGGUCCUCGACCCUGUACCAAUCACCACCCCCGACAGAGAGAGAGAACAACAGGCCCCCUCUCCUCGCUCCAAACCAAAGAGUGACAAUGGGAGGAACAAGCAGUCUAACCAGUCCAGCAACUCUCCUCCCCAGUAUAAACUCCACAGUUUCAGUCUACUGCACUACGAUAAGGAGAGACUGGAGAGACAGAUUGGUGAUUACAGGAAGAGUAGGCGGGAUCCUCCGUCUGACCUGGUACAGCAACACAAGGAGGUCACACACAGGCUGCAGUGGCAGAAAGCCCAGCUAGAGAGAGCCUCCCCUACUCUACUGUCAGAGUAUGAGAAUAUUUUGCAGCGUUUUGCCCAGGGCCUUGCUGAGUCAGUGAAGAGGUUUUCCAGCCAAGGCAACAGGGAUGCUGCUAAGGACGCUCUAGGACGGCUGAAGAUGGUGGAGACUGAGUUGGAAUCUCUCAAGAGGAAACGCCUGGUCUGAGAAGAGGAGGACAGAGGGACUGGAGAGUUGUCUGGAGUACUGUUAUGUUACUCACACACACACAGCCAAUCACCUUCAACAUCUUCCUGCCGCUCCUCUGCUCUUCUCUGCCUCCUCCACUAUAAUGCUCUUCCUUUUACUCUGUUCUUUACUUUGUAUUGUCAUUCAUUCAAUCAGUUAGGAAGAAGAACCCGUUUGAAUAAAACAGGCCUGCCUCCCAAAUGGCACCCUAUUCCCUAUAUAGUGCACUACUUUAGACCAGGGCCCAUAGGGACUAAUAUAGGGAAUAGGGCACCAUUGAGAUACACGGCAGAAUGGGAUCCUGUGGGAUUGAUAGUGACAUGAAGACAGAAUGCAGAGCAGGGCAGAGAAAGGCUUAUUUGCACUUGAAAACAAAAACACUACCGAUUAUUACCAAAACCCUGCCGCCUUCACUAUAGUCUUUAAAGUCCUUCAAUGGCUCUCUCUCUUUCUCUCUGUUCAGAGAGUGGUGUGUGUAACUCCUGGUCUCCGCAUUGUGUGUGUGUGUGCGUUGUUAAUGAGUUUAAUCUAAUCUGUCUGCUCCACUAUUCCCAGAUUACUGUAAUAUGACCCGUUUGGUGUCGUGUGAUAUGGGAACUACACGGAAACGGGAACUAUAUCCCAUAAUGAGGGAUUAGCUAACACUGGUGUCGCCAUGGAGAUGUCUCAUUCAGGGAAGUGAGGAGAGGAGGUACCCCAGGGGUUAAAUUGAAGAGGACAGGAUUAGAAUUAGUGUAGAACAGACCAGUAGCUGUAAAACCCACGGGGUUAUCUUUGAAUUGGGAUAGAGGUUCUCUAUUCAUUGUAAUGCUAUGGUGCGGAGUCUGGGACCCCUCUUAUAGGACCAUAUUUAGCCUAUUGUGAUGUCAUCAAUUAGGCUUGCGUCAUGUCACUAUGACGUCAUCAGUUAGAAUGUCCAUCACCACAUUGUGAAGUCAUCAGUUAGAGGGUGUGUUCUGUUCCUCUGUUCAGACGUUGCUGACGCCAGAUCUUACAUCGCCUGGAUAGGUAUUUUACAGAUCAGCUAAACACAUCACAUGUUAAAGCAAUCUGAGGUCUCAUCCUCUACCCUCUAUAGACCCAGACACCCUGAGGUCUCCUCCUGUAUCCCCUAUCGGUCUCUCUCCUCUCUCUCUCUCUCCACUACAACAGUCAUUUAGUAGCCUACUGUAGUGUGAUCUGUCUCUGUAUCCACAGCAUCUGAGUUGGAGUGCUGAUCCAGGAUCAGGUUCCAACCUGUCCAUAUAAUCUGAUUCAUUAUGAGCUAAAAGGCUAAACUGAUCCUACAUUAUGACAUCACUCCAUACUAGAUCUACUCUGAGAAGCUUUGAGGAUACAGGCAGAGUCCCCCAGUCCUGGUGGCUAAACUGAUCCUACAUUAUGACAUCACUCCAUACUAGAUCUACUCUGAGAAGCUUUGAGGAUACAGGCAGAGUCCCCCAGUCCUGGUGGCUAAACUGAUCCUACAUUAUGACAUCACUCCAUACUAGAUCUACUCUGAGAAGCUUUGAGGAUACAGGCAGAGUCCCCAGUCCUGGUGGCUAAACUGAUCCUACAUUAUGACAUCACUCCAUACUAGAUCUACUCUGAGAAGCUUUGAGGAUACAGGCAGAGUCCCCCAGUCCUGGUGGCUAAACUGAUCCUAGAUCAGCACUGCUGCUCUGAGAAGCUUUGUGGAAACAGGCCCAGUCCCCCAGUCCUGGUGGCUAAACUGAUCCUAGAUCAGCACUGCUGCUCUGAGAAGCUUUGUGGAAACAGGCCCAGUCCCCCAGUCCUGGUGGCUAAACUGAUCCCAGAUCAGCACUGCUGCUCUGAGAAGCUUUGUGGAAACAGGCCCAGUACCCCAGUCCUGGUGGCUAAACUGAUCCUAGAUCAGCACUGCUGCUCUGAGAAGCUUUGUGGAAACAGGCCCAGUCCCCCAGUCCUGGUGGCUAAACUGAUCCCAGAUCAGCACUGCUGCUCUGAGAAGCUUUGUGGAAACAGGCCCAGUCCCCCAGUCCUGGUGGCUAAACUGAUCCCAGAUCAGCACCGGUUUUUGUUUAGUUUGUUUUUUAUGUUAAAAACAUGUAUCCAUUGUUGGCAAUCAGUCAGAAAAGCCCUGUUAAUAUAUUAUAUAUACAGCAUUGACUAUGGCUCUAUUUUUAAAUGAACAAAGUGUGUGUCCAAAGGUGAUGGAUAAUGAACUAUUAACUGGCAUUAUAAUGAUGUGGUCAAAUGUCCUGGGAGGGGAAUCAUGGUUGGAUUAAAAUACCACAAUGAAUUAA